AUGUUUGUACUGAUAGAUAAUGUCCUGGCCUACCUUCUUGAACAAGACGACCAAUUUGUAACCGUACGCUUCGCCAUUCAGGGCCAAAUAGUUACAAGAAGAGUAAACAAAAUACACCUUUCCAACAUUACCGAUGUACUCCUAAUACAGUUCUUAAGCCACACACAGAAUCAUAACAACAAUAUCGUCCCAAAAAAAAUCCUCGAUAAUAUGAGAACGGCCGUACGGCAGUUGCUGGAAGCAACUGCUUGCGUCUCCAGAGAAUGUCUCCUGAUAAAAAGAAACCACGAAAUACGAAGAGCAAGAAAGCGCCUACUCAGUGACUGGUACAGGCUGGGUGCUGACGCAAACCAGGAUACCCUUUUGGUAGUCGCAAACUCUGCUUGGAGGUUUCUCGCCGUUUGGCGACCGUUCGUAACCUCAAUCCAACACGCAACCAAAGAAUUGUUUAAGCAAAUCGCCUAUUACCUUCUUCAUAGCAACGUCGACUUCCAAAGGGUCGCGGCACUAAUCCAGGUCAUAAUGGGGGAGGACCAUUUGCUUUUCUCCAUGGAUGAGGUCCUAAAAGAGGUAGUAGAAAUACAACAAUACCUCGAUAAAAUGCUCCCGCUCGACACCCACCAAUGGCAAAAGCCAUCCCCCUUUGAGUCUGGAAACCUGAAAACUACGCAUUCAUAA